AUGGCAACGGCUAUGGGUUCCUCUGCAGAAUGUCAACAACUUUCUUUUGAUUCUUCGUCUCUUCAAUCAAGGCUACAUAAAGCUGUAAAGGCUGUAAAAGCUGAAAAAAGCGCUUCAGGGGAAUAUAGCCCGCCCGUUCAAUUAUUUGAACAAACGACAAAAGACUCAGGCGAUGAUGUGGAUGCCGUAGAACUUCAAAAUCUAGAGUGGUCCGCUACACCUGAAGAACCAUUCGACCUAGACGAAAUUGAAAAAUUUAUUGAAGGCAUUUUAUACGUUUCCGAAGAACAUAGCCCGCCCGUUCCAUCACCUGAACAAACGACAAAAAACCCAGACGCAGUUGAUACUUCUAAAACUUCAAGUUCAAAGGAUUAUGAUGUGGAUAUCUUUGUAGAACUUCAAACUUCAGAGCGGUCUGUUACAAAUGAACAACAAUUAGAAAACUUGGACAAAAUUGAUAGAAUAAUACAAAGAAUUUCAAGCGUUAUCAAAGAAAAUAGCCCGUCCGUUCCAUCACCUCAACCAGGUUUUUCAACUGCAGAGGAAUAUGAUAUGAAUCCCUCUGAACGUGAGAACGAUGAUAGAACUAGAAGUGAAGAACAACCUGACUCGCAAGUUCUAUCAUCUGAACAAACGACAAGAAACCCAGGCGCAGUUGAUACGUAAUUACUUGUUUUUUACUUAUAGUGACAUAACGUAGAAUAUAAUAACAUCUU